AUGGACGAAGAAUCCUUCAACUUCUUUUGUGAAUGGGAGGAGGAGCGCCUUGAGGAGGCGCACAGAGUCAUCACAAACCUGAUGGUUUCUGAAGAAUCCAAGGUGCACUUGCGCAACUUGGCGCUGUUACGCAAAACUAGAAGAGUUGCCCAACAGCAAUUUAGGGCUAGAAUGCACGAGUGGUCCCACGAUAUACAUCAGCUUCAUAUCUAUGAGGCAAAGGAAAAUGAAAUUGUGUCAUACUACCCUACUGACGGGUGGAAAGAGGACCUAGAUGUUCAUGAAGCUAGCCUGGUGCAAGAGCUGCACAAUAGCAGCUAUGGAGAUGAGGCGCACGCCCUAGAAAUUAUGAAGUGCUGGUUGCAAGACAUUAAGGAUGCCACAACUUUGAUGGAGGGCCUCCAUCGUUGGGCCCCUGUCUUGGAGGCGACGGUGUUGGAGGCAUUGACGAGGGGAGCAGAGGAUCAGCAAGGCCGCUCUCCUGGCACUGAAGGAGCAGGACCUCGGGAGCCUGUCCCCAUACCUGGGUGA